AAUAACAUAGUAGUAAGAAAAGCGGAAGUGGCCUAGGGUCAGGCGAGUUUGGACAGUUUGGUGAGUUUCUUCGUCCGCAUAGAUUGGAGGGCAGUCAUCGCGCAAAGCAGCUACGCAGCACACUUCGGCGUCCUCUUCUCGGCGGCAGGGUCACCGAUUCAUAAGCAAUUUAAUCCAAAUUUCAACGAAUCAGGACCUCUGCCAGCACCAAUCGGCGGAGGUUCCAAUUGCUUUCCGUUCGUUUGAGGGUGUCCGUGGAUCUGUGUUGGUUAUGGUUCUGAGGCCUGAUUUUCAGAUGCUUGGGUCGGUUAUUUUGGCUUUGAUAGUGAUUGAGAUGGGAGCUGCACCAACAGUGUUUGAUCCGGGUGGAAUGCUAGUGGUAUGGGGCCCGAGUAAAGGCCUGAUUUUACGUCAGGUCUUUCAUCAGUUGGGAUUGAAGGAAGAUGAUAAAGCGGUAUUGGUCCGCCCCCCUCCUGAACCACCGCCAGGGAAGAAACAAGCGGCUAGGGUUUGGAUGCUUCUUUUAGUUAAUUUUGCUGUUUUCAUUUGUUAUCUUAUCGUUCAGCAUCUCCGGAUUAUUUUCUGCUUUGUGAACACUAACGGUAGUUUCCGUAGUUGUUUUUUCAUUUUUAGGGCUAUGGGUGUAAGCGAUAAGGCUUGUUUGGCCGUAAAAAGUUUCGAAGCUCUCACAUGGUUCGCGAAUAGUCUCGCUCUUUGCGGGGUGGUCUAUUCUAUGUCUAGCCAGAGAGUGGGAGGGCCUUUUGGCUAUGCGGAGCCUCAAGAAGAGGGGGUGUUCGGAUCAGAUUCUUAAAAUGGCUUAUGCCCCUUCAGCGAGCAGAAGCAGAAGUUGGAGUGCUUGGUCAAAAGUGUAGAAGUGAUUCUGGUGCUCUAAUUUACUCUUAGAAUCAGUUUUUUUAGAAGUUAGGGAAGACCGGCUUCUAAAAACUGAUUCUGAUUCUGCUUUUGCUUUUAAAAAAAGUAGAAGCAGAAUCAGUUACAAACACCCCCUUAAUGUGAAUUAGUCUGGUCUUGUAUGGUGAAUGUUUGGUCUCUGACUAUUUUAUAACUUUUGAAUUCUGGUCCGGUUUGAUAUGUCUAAGUCUGGUCGGAUAAGGCCUGACAUGUUUAAAUAUGGUAUGGUCCGGUUUGAUCUGAUCUUAGACUGAAAACA